AUGCCAACCGCUCAAACGCCCGAUUCCGGGGCGCCCGUUCCCGGCGUUCAGGGCCGUCACUAUGAACUCAUCAAGGCUGCCAUUCCCCAGAGCCUGAUCCACGCCACCCCGGCGUUGCGCGCCUCGGUGCGCCAGGUCAAGCCGGCCAUUCCCGACUGCAUCCAGUCCCACGCGGCGCUGGCGCAGUCCAUGGACAAGAUUCAGGACGUCAACGAUUUCGCCCGGCCGCUGCUGGCGGCUGCGCUGACGGCAGCAGGCUUCCCGCUGGAUGUGGACCAGACCUGCCUGCGGCUCUACGUCCCGACGGAAGACACCUUUGGUGUCGGCAGUGGCGGGUUUAAGACCAAGACGUUUUCCCUGUUGCAAGCGGCGCUGAACAACUUUGAAGCGCCUGAAACCCGCGCCGGGUUCUUCGACAGCGCCUCGGGGUUUAUCACCGCACCGGAUGCCAACGGCCACUUUGAGCGCUUCAACACCACGCUGAAAAUCGAGCAAUACCAGGCGCACCUCACCACGUUUCUGCGUCCCACCGAGACCGUCGCUCAAAACCUGCUGCGCGAGCGCUAUAUCACGCGCCGCAAGGAUGCGUUCAAGGCCGCGGCUUACCUUGCGUUGCUCAAGCACGAUAUUGGCCAGGACGACUACGCGUUGCUGCUGCGGGUGGCCAGCGGCGAGCGCAAAAUCAUGCUCGGUGACAAGCAGAUCUGGUACCGCCGGCCUUGCAUGAUGCACCUGCAUUUGCAGGGCUGCCUGAUCAUCGACCCGUGUGUGUACCAGCGCUAUUCAAGCUGGUUUAUCGCCUACAUCCCCGAUGACCCCGAACACCCGAUCAAGCGUUACGAAUCCUUUGACCAAUUCGAGCAGGAGUUGACGCGGCGGCUGACCGCCUGGCCAACAUCGGGCACCGCUCGGCCAGCCAUGGUCGAGCCGACGGAGCAUCAGCAAUUCUUCGCCCGAUUCGUCGCCCGCAAAGACCUGGCCCAUUACUACCGGCGUUUCACCGAGGCGGUGCAGGACGCACCGCCGAGCAGUUGGUGGAAGACCUGGCUGCGCUCCGAGCAGGGCAAGUUCUGGGUUGAUUUGCUGGCGCCGAAGCUCAGGCCGUUUGCGUCGUUGCAGGGUGAUCCGAGGCACCGCGUGAGGGUGGCGCUUGAGGGGCCGAACCUGGAUAUCAACGCCGACUCCAUCAAGGGCGCCUGGGUCGAUGUCGACCUGUGGGCUGAAGACUAUGACGCUGCGAUCCAGCGCCUGUUCGACGACGGCAUGACCCUGGCUGUUCCCACCGCCCAGGCCGAUGCCGCCAACCGCUCCCGGCGCCUGGCGCACUACCUGAACAUCGGCCUGUUUGCCCUGAACCUGGCGGCGAUGGCGUUGAUGUACGAGGUGCUUGAAGGCGCCAUUGAGCUCAGCGAAGGCGACCGCGAGGCCGGCUGGGCACACAUCGGCGAUGUGCUGGAAAACCUCGCGAUGCUGGCGGCGGGCGGUGCGGUGUAUCACUUCGCGGUGUCGCCGUUUAUCGAAGCGCUGAAGGCCGUCACGCUGCCAUCCGGCGAGGCGCGGUUGUGGAAGCCGGAUCUCAAGGCGUAUCAGUCGACGGUUUCACUGCCGUCGGGCUCCACGCCCAAUGCGCUGGGAUUGCAUCGGGUCCAGGGCCGGGAAGUGCUCGCCGUGGAAGGCAAGCGUUUCGCCCUCAAGGGCGAGUCGUAUCCCGGCAAGUACCGUAUUCAUCAUCCCUUGCGGCCUGAGGCGUAUCAGCCCGAAGCCCGACAUAACGGCAGUGGCGCCUGGUCGCUGGAGGAUGAGCAGCCGCUCACCUGGCACGGUCCGAAGCUGAUGCGCAGGCUGGGGCAUGUGGUGGAUAGCCUGGACGAUCAACAAUUGGAGGCCGUACGCAGGGUCAGUGAUAUCGACGAAAGCGUGUUGCGCCGGCUGCAUAUGGAAAGCGAACCGACGCCGGCGCUGCUGCUCGACACGCUGUCUGCCGAUAUGGCGUCGUAUGCGGCUUCGCUGAUGGUCGAGUUGCCUUACUGGCCGGCCGGGCGAGCGAUUGAGGUGUUUGAGGGUGUGGGGGAGCGAAGAGUCGCCAUUAAAUAUGGCGAUACGCAGACGCAAUCCCGCGAUCUGAUCCCCAUCAGCCAUGUCGAGCUGAUGCGCGGCAAACUGCCUGAGCGGGUGGUCGCGGUGUUAAGCGAGGACCAGCUCAAGGCCAUGCUCGGCCAGAGCCUGCCCCAGGAACCACGGCUGCGCAGCCAACAGUUGCAGGCUCGGCUGGGGGCCUAUGCGCAGAAGCAUCAGGUGCGGGUAUUCCGCAGUCGCUACAGUGACCGGGUCGUACCUGCCAGCGUUGAGGUACAGGUGGUGCAGCGAGCGUUCACAGGUCUGCCGACGAUCGUGGUCCAGGAACUGCUGAGCGAUGCCAGCAAAGCUGAACGGCAGGCGCUCACCCAACACCGUAAAAUUUCUCUGCGCCUGAGCGUAAAGGCCCGCAGGUUGCAAGCUACCCAGCGUCUGGCGCAUGCCUAUGAGGGCUUGUACCUUGAGGCGCUGGCCGACGCCGACACCGAAGCCCUUGUGCUCAAUACCCUGGAAACCCUGCCGGGCUGGAAGGACAAUCUGCGCAUUGAAGUGCGCGACGGUUCCUAUGGCGGUGAGCUGCGUGCCAGCUAUGGUCCGCAUAACGCGGCGACCCUGAAAGUACUGGUCCGGGUCUCGAGCGGGAGCUAUCAGGCCUUCAAUGGCCAUGGCCUGCAACUGCACGGUGUCGAUACGUUGUAUGAGUCCUUGCAGCACGCGCUCACGGACGCCCACCGCAAGGCCCUGGGUUUGCCGCACGUCGGCCAGGGGCUGCAACUGAAGCUGAAAAUCCUGCAACACGCCUUGCCCCGGGAGCGGCUGAGGGAAGUGUUGCACAUGACGCCAUCACGUAUACCGUUCUUCAAACCGCCGCAGUUGCUGGCGGACGGCAGGCGUGGUUAUCCCCUGAGCGGUCGCGGGCUGGGGGCUGUGAACUGGCGCAUCGAGACGCGCAUUCGUGAGCUGUAUCCAAGCAUCACCACGCAGGAAAUCGAGUGGCUGCUGGAGGCCAACUCUGCUGUCGACUUCGCUUGGCUCACAAAGCUUGAGCGCGAAUACAGCGAGCUCUACAACACGCUGCAAGGCUGGCUGAGUGCGCCGAUUCAAGGCUUCGGCGAGUUCGGCAGCGAGCCCCACAGGCAGCAACUACUGAGCCGGCGCAAGCUUUUCACGGCACUGACGGACGCAUGGAGACGCGUUGGUCCGCGAGACGUGAACCCAGACACCGGGGAGUAUUACGGGGAAGCCAUCAAGCUCGAUCACAUUGACCUCAGCCAGCAACUGGAAAGCCUGCCGGAACUGACCGCGAAUUUCGAUCACGUCAGCCGCGUGGACCUUUCCGAGUGUGGCCUGGCCGAUUCGGUCGAGGGGUUCCUGGGGCAUUUCCACGAGUUGCGCAGCCUCAACCUGGAGCUCAACCGGCUGACCCGGCUGCCCCAGGCGCUGGAGCACAUGCACGGGCUUGAAGUGUUGCGCCUACCGGGAAACCGGGUGGUCCUUGACCUGGUCGCGGUAGCCCGCCUGAAAAAAAUGACCCGUUUGUUGCUGUUGGAUCUGGACGGCAACCCGCUGGGGCUGUCGCCGGAUAUCAGCCGCAUGGGGCGGCUGUGGUUACUGUACUUGAAUAACACCGGCCUGCCAGGCUGGCCCACAGGGAUCUUUGCCAAGCCCCGGCCGCGCGGGUUGAAGCUGGAAUUGGGCGGCAACCCCAUUACCCAAUUGCCCGAUGUGGCUCCGGGCUCCGAGAGGGCACAAAUCCUCGUGCGUACCGGGCUUGACCGGUCGCUGUUGCCCCGGACGUAUUGGAAAAAUUCAAGCUGUAUAUCGAGUCCGUGGGGCUCGACCCGGACCGCCGGUUUCCACCCCGGGGAUCCAGGACAGCGCGGACUGGAAGUCCGGCUUGAGCCAAUCGCAAUGGUCGGCCAGGCAACCGGUGUGGGAUGCACUGGAGGAGUCGCUGGGCUC